AUGGCAAAGAGUUUAUCUGUAAUCUUGGUCCUGAUCUUAGCCCUUUCGGACAAUCCCCUUCACGAACUAGAAUCAGCAGCUGCUUUCUCUCAGACCACCGAGAAAAUUAGUCCAAACGGGGAAUCUGGCAUUAAUGUUGACUUGGCAUCUACACAGCAGCAUCACGUGCAGCAGCUUUUCUACCGUUAUGGGGAGAACAAUUCCUUAUCAGUUGAAGGAUAGAAAUUGCUUCAGAAUAUAGGCAUAGAUAAGAUUAAAAGAGUCCACAUACACCAUGACCAUGAGCAUCAUUCUGACCAUGACCACCGCUCUCACCGUAAUCAUGCUUCCAGUAAAAAUAAUCGGAAAACCCUUUGCCCAGCUGACUCUGAUGGUUCAGGUAAAGAUCCUAGAAACAGCCAGGGAAAAGGAUCUCACCGACCGGAACACACCGAUGGUAGAAGAAAUGUCAAGGAGAGUGUCAGUGCUAGUGAAGUGACCUCAACUGUAUAUAACACUGCUGAAGGGACUCACUUUCUGGAGACAGUAGAGACUCUGAAAUCUGGAAAAAAACCCCAAAGAUGUAAGCAGUUCCACCCCACCAGUAUCACAGAAAAGAACCAGGUGGGUCGGACUGGCUAGCAGGAAAUCAAUGAGUCUGUAAGUGAGCCCAGAAAGGGCUUUGUGUAUUCCAGGAACAUAAAUGACAACACUCAAGAGUGUUUCAAUGCUUCUAAGCUGCUUACAUCUCAUGGCAUGGGCAUCCAGAUUCCGUUGAAUGCCACCGAGUUCAACUAUCUCUGCCCAGCCAUCAUCAAUCAAAUUGAUGCUAGAUCGUGUCUGAUUCAUACAACAAGUGAAAAGAAGGCUGUCCCUCCGAAGACCUAUUCUUUACAAAUAGCCUGGGUUGGUGGCUUAAUAGCCAUUUCCAUCAUCAGUUUCCUGUCUUUGCUGGGGGUUAUCUUGGUGCCUCUCAUGAAUCAGGUGUUUUUCAAAUCCCUGAGUUUCCUUGUGGCAUUGGCGGUUGGGACUUUGAGUGGUGAUGUAUUACACCUUCUUCCACAUUCUCAUGCAAGCCACCAUCAUAGUCAUAGCCAUGAAGAACCAGCAAUGGAAAUGAAAAGAGGUCCACUUUUUAGUCAUCUGUCAUCUCAAAAUAUAGAAGAAAGUACCUAUUUUGAUUCCACAUGGAAAGGUCUGACAGCUCUAGGAGGCUUGUAUUUCAUGUUUCUUGUUGAACAUGUACUCACGUUGAUCAAGCAAUUUAAAGACAAGAAGAAAAAGAAUCAAAAAAAACCUGAAAAUGAUGAUGAUGUGGAGAUUAAGAAGCAGUUGUCCAAGUAUGAGUCUCAACUUUCAACAAAUGAGGAGAAAGUAGAUACAGAUGAUCGACCUGAAGGUUAUUUACGAGCAGACUCACAAGAGCCCUCCCACUUUGAUUCUCAGCAGCCAGCAAUCUUGGAAGAAGAAGAGGUCAUGAUAGCUCAUGCUCAUCCACAGGAAGUCUACAAUGAAUAUGUACCUAGAGGGUGCAAAAACAAAUGCCAUUCACAUUUCCAUGAUACACUGGGCCAGUCAGAUGACCUCAUUCACCAUCAUGACUACCAUCAUAUUCUCCAUCACCACCACCACCAAAACCACCACCCCCACAGUCACAGUCAGCGCUACUCUCGGGAGGAGCUGAAAGAUGCUGGCAUUGCCACAUUGGCUUGGAUGGUGAUAAUGGGUGAUGGCCUGCACAACUUCAGUGAUGGCCUAGCAAUUGGUGCUGCUUUCACUGAAGGCUUGUCAAGUGGUUUAAGUACUUCUGUUGCUGUGUUCUGUCAUGAGUUGCCUCAUGAGUUAGGUGACUUUGCUGUUUUACUGAAGGCAGGCAUGACUGUUAAGCAGGCUGUGCUUUACAACGCUUUGUCAGCCAUGCUGGCCUAUCUUGGGAUGGCAACAGGAAUUUUCAUUGGUCAUUAUGCUGAAAAUGUUUCUAUGUGGAUAUUUGCACUUACUGCUGGCUUAUUCAUGUAUGUCGCUCUGGUCGAUAUGGUACCUGAGAUGCUGCACAAUGAUGCUAGUGACCAUGGAUGUAGCCGUUGGGGAUACUUCUUUUUACAGAAUGCUGGGAUACUUUUAGGUUUUGGAAUUAUGUUACUUAUUUCCAUAUUCGAACACAAAAUUGUGUUUCGUAUAAAUUUCUAAUUAGGAUAUGAAUGCUAGAGUAGCUUAAAAAACAUUGCUGUCAAUAGUUUAAGUAGGUCAUAGAGAGAUGAGUUUGUACUAUGAAAUGCAGCAUCUAAAGUUAGUGGAUUUUGUGAUUUUUAUAUUGAAUAUUUCCAUUUGUUAUGCUUAUAAAGUCAGUUAUGUUAGUAACAUAAAGGUACGGUUUAGCUGGACGUGGUGGCGCACGCCUGUAAUCCUAGCAACUCAGGAGGCUAAGGCAGGAGGAUCGCAAGUUCAAAGCCAGCUUCAGCAACUUAGCAAGGCCCUGAGCAACGGAGUGAGACCCUGUCUCAAAAUAAAAA